UCGAUAAGCAGGUACACGCAGCGAUGUCACGCUGGCGUAAUUAUCGUUUAUCUUAUCGCAUAUCCCAAUUAUCGUAUCGUCGUGAUUGCUCGAUGAUAGUGGGACCCACAGUGAGACUCGAGCGCUGAGGACACAGGCCUCUUCUCAUGCAGAGAAGGGUCAGUGGGUCGUUUUAGGAGGAAUGAGCGUUCGUUAGCGGAAUCACCACGCUUGCUCCAGGUGGAAUAGCGACUUCGGACAUUAAAGCCCAGUGGCUAUGAAGACGCCGCCGAUAGACCUGGACAAGCCCCGGUGGGAUCAGAGCACCUACUGGGGGCGGGCCAAGCACUUCAUACUGCUCACCAACCCAUUAAACGUGUUCACUAGUGAAGCCAAACUUUAUGAGGCCAAGAGAGUCGUAUAUGAGUACAGGGAAACAAAAAAGAUGCCCUUUGGUUACACUGAAGACAAACUAUGGGCGAUUAAGUAUUUAUACGACAGCGCGUACCACCCCGACACUGGUGAGAAGAUGGUCAGGAUCGGUCGCAUGUCUGCGCAGGCGCCGAUGAACACGCUCAUCGGUGCAUGUAUGAUAUCGUUUUACAAAACGAGGCCUGCAAUACUUUUCUGGCAAUGGGUGAAUCAGUCGUUUAACGCUAUUGUUAAUUACACGAAUCGUUCUGGCGACGCAAAACUUACUACUAAACAGAUAAUUACGUCAUACGUCGCGGCCUGCGGGGGUGCUCUGACCACUGCUCUAUACCUCAACAGUAAAGUUAAGGGCAUGAACCCGCUGUACGCGCGACUGGUACCGUUCGCGGCUGUCUGCGGCGCUAACUUCAUCAAUAUACCCAUGAUGAGGAGCAAUGAAAUCCUCCACGGCACGCCAGUAUACACGCAGGAUGGACAGCGCGUUGGCGACUCCAAGAUCGCGGCCAUGACAGGCAUUCUGCUCGUCUGUGUCUCAAGAAUCAGCAUGGUGGUACCUAGCAUGACGCUUGUGCCUCUAAUAACGAACACGGCAGUUCAAAAAGGUUGGGUCAGUAGCACGUCUCUAGCUGUGCUGCCAUUCCAAAUGCUCCUGGUUUGUCUCACCAUGACAUUCGCAACUCCAAUGUGCUGCGCCUUCUUUGAUCAGAAAGCCUCCAUCAACAUCAAUAAGAUAGAGAACGAUUUAAGGGAAACGGCGCUAAAGAAAUUUCCUAAGACGAAUGUAUUGUAUUACAACAAGGGCCUGUGAGCAGAAACAACGCAGCUGCUUCCAUGAUCUUAUUAGGCUUAUUUAUUAUGAGUAGAUAACUGACAACUUUAUUGUUUCACUUCUAGUACAGGAAUCUAUGCUCAUUGUAUAUUAAAUGCUCUCCUGGAACAAAAAAAAUACAAGCUGUGUCCGACUCGCGAUAGUUUGUAGACGUGUGUUAUCUUCUUGUGAAUAUUGUAUUUUAUAAAUAAUAUUUAAGUGUUUCAAUAUCGUGUAAAACUCGUCACGUUUCAAACUAUCUCUUUAAUAAGAAUACUAUUGAAAAUGUAAAAUUAAAAACGCCACAUGAGCAAACAUAAUUUAUGUUUAGAAAUAUUUAACCGAACCAGUAAAUUAAUAUUUAAGUACUUACCUACA